UAGGUUGGAGAGAGCAAAGAAGCUUCAAGAACAGAAGGAAAAAGAGUUGUUGGAAAAACGGCAACAACAAGAGAUGGCAGCAGCAGCAGCUCCACUGUUGUGCGAUACGACCACUGCAGCACCCAGUUCAGGCCUGAACGUUGCAGCACUGCUGGCCUCUGGCACACAGGUCACUCCUCAGAUCGCAAUGGCUGCUCAGAUGGCAGCGCUUCAGGCCAAAACGCUGGCAGAGACUGGCAUUGCUGUGCCAAGCUACUACAAUCCCUCAGCGGUGAACCCAAUGAAGUUUGCAGAGCAGGAAAAGAAGAGGAAAAUGUUGUGGCAGGGGAAAAAAGAUGGGGACAAGUCACAAACAGCUGAGCUUUGGGAGAAGCUGAAUUUUGGUAAUAAAGACCAAAAUGUGAAAUUUCGCAAACUAAUGGGCAUCAAAGUUGGCCUAAAAUCAUGA